AUGGAGCUGAACCUGAAGAGCAGACCUGGACUUGUCCUGCUGGGGUGCUUCCUGUCCACCUGUCUAUGGUCCUUCUGUUGGGCUGAGAGAGUGUGCACGGUUCCUCCUGGCCCUGUGUCGGUGGCUGAGAAUAACACGGCUGACGUGGAGGUGGUGAGGAUCAGCUCCAUCGAUGAUGUGACUCUGAGCGUGUCAGUGAACCCUGAGGAUCUGUUCUACCUGAGAGGAAAUGCUCUGAUGGUGAAGAAAGGACUCGACUAUGAGUCCCUUUCCAGUUCAGCUCUGGUGGUCUGGGUUCAGUGCAGUAGAUCCGGAUCCAGCUUUGUGAACGAGUCUGUGGAGGUUUUAGUGGAAAAUGUCAAUGAUAAUCCUCCCAACUUUGCUCAGAAUCACUUUGUUCUGGAGGUGAAUGAGCUGACGGCGGUGAACACUAGCGUGGGACUGAUCGAGGCCACAGACGUGGAUUCUGAGCCGCUCUACUAUCGCUUAGAGUCUGCAACGGAUAAAUAUUUCCGUCUAGAAAACAUCAACUCUCCAAAGAUACUGGUGAAAAGCAUCCUGGACUACGACAUAGUGCAGAAGAUUUCUCUGGUUCUACAUGUGCAGGACACGUUUAACGGGUCAGCAUCUGACCAGCCCUUCUUCACCUCGGUGGCAACCAUCACUGUGCUGGUGAAGGAUGUGGACAACCGGCCGCCGUGGUUUCAGCCAUGUAUGAGGACAAACUUAGGGAUCGCCAAACUGUGCGUGAGCACGGGCUACAGAGGGCGAGUGAACCUGACCGAGAAGGAGGAGGGGCCCCUGGUUCUGGAGCCUGGUCCAGUGUUCGCCAAAGAUGGAGACAAGAACCGGAGCGAACAGAUCAGCUACAGGAUCCUCAGAGGAAAUGAAGGAAAUAUUUUCCAGAUCGACGAGGACACGGGAAACAUCAGCAUGACUAAAGCUGCGGACAUCGUGGGCCCGAUCGUUCUCACUGUGCUGGCGUCUCAGGUGAUCAACAGAGACCAGUUCGCUGUGACCCAGGUGACCUUUGAGGUGAUGAAGAAGAGCAGGAACCCUCCUCGCUUUGAGAAAGAGAGAUAUGAGGGAUUUAUCUACAGCAACUCGGUCCCUGAGAGCAUGAUCCUCCGAGACCGCAGCACCAACAGACCCUUCAGGGUCCGGGCCAGGGACGAGGACUUCGCCGGGGGUCUGAACCCGGACAUGAAGUACGAGGUUCAGUACAGCAGCUAUGUCAACGUCACCGCGGACGGCUUCGUGAUCCUGAAGAGAGUCGUGAAGACCGAGUCCUUCGCCCUCCAGCUCCGAGCCGUGGACAUGACCACAGGAGAGUUUGGGACCGCCGCCCUGUCCGUUCAGGUCAUCCCAGCCGUGGCCAUCCCAUCAGACUCAAACAUCGGGUACCGCCCUGGAGACAUGGCGCUCCUCGGGCUGGUCAUGGCGGCUCUGCUGGUGCUCUGCCUCAUCGUGAUUGGCUUUUUAAUUUCCCGCCUGGCGAAGGCAAACGCUGGCAUGGACAAAAUAUGUGAGUGUCUGGCGCCAUGUUUGAAGGUGGAGCGUCCCCGUUCAGGUCACAGAGACUCUCUUCAGUUCACCAACGAUGGCUUCACCGCCGAGGCCGAUCAGAGCCGUGGGGUGGCCCGACGCUGGAACAACGCCGCCCCCCGACGGAGCACCUUCCCCCAGCCCCGGGGCCGGGUCAUCCCCAUGGAGAGACGGAGCCGCCACUGCUCCUCCUGUGGCGUCUACGACAACCACGUCCCUGCCAGUAGCCCGUCGGCGAAGGCGUCCAGGAGGGGCAGGGGCGACGGCGACGACUACUCGGCGAGGUCCAAACUCCAAAAGCAGAGGAGGAAGGAAGGGCAGAAGACGGUGUGGUUCAAAGAGAUCGGGGACUCGUCCGACAUUGAGGUGGAGAUCAUCCCCGACACCGUGGGCCGCGUGGAGGAGGAGACGUCAGAGGAGCUAGAGGGGGAGGUGGAGAUGGAGGGCGUGGUCAGAGAUCCCGCCGCCCCACUCAGGGAGACAGAUGGUGGGCCGGAGAGUCCAAGCACAGAAGAGACGGAUGAUGGCGAACCAGGAGACACAAGCUCAGAAACCGAGGAGAGGGCGGAGCAGCAGGAGGGCUGACAUGGUGAGGAGGAGGAGGAGACAAACAUUUCUGUCUCUGAUUGGAGACGUCCAACUGCAGGGGGAGGAGUCAAACAUUUCUGUCUCUGAUUGGAGACGUCCAACUGCAGGGGGAGGAGUCAAACAUUUCUGUCUCUGAUUGGAGACGUCCAACUGCAGGGGGAGGAGUCAAACAUUUCUGUCUCUGAUUGGAGAUGUCCACCUGCAGGGGGAGGAGUCAAACAUUUCUGUCUCUGAUUGGAGACGUCCACCUGCAGGGGGAGGAGUCAAACAUUUCUGUCUCUGAUUGGAGACGUCCAUCUGCAGGGGGAGGAGUCAAACAUUUCUGUCUCUGAUUGGAGACGUCCAUCUGCAGGGGGAGGAGUCAAACAUUUCUGUCCCUUAUUGGAGACGUCCACUUGCAGGGGGGAGGAGUCAAACAUUUCUGUCUCUGAUUGGACAUCCACCUGCAGAGGGGAGGAGUCAAACAUUUCUGUCUCUGAUUGGCGAUGUCCAUCUGCAGGGGGAGGAGUCAAACAUUUCUGUCUCUGAUUGGAGACGUCCUUCUGCAGGGGGGAGGAGUCAAACAUUUCUGUCCCUGAUUGGAGACAUCCACUUGCAGGGGGGAGGAGUCAAACAUUUCUGUCUCUGAUUGGACAUCCACCUGCAGGGGGAGGAGUCAAACAUUUCUGUCUCUGAUUGGAGAUGUCCACCUGUAGGGGGAGGAGUCAAACAUUUCCGUCUCCUAUUGGAGCCUCAGAGAGACCUCCAGGAUUCUAGGACCUUCUCCAGGACCCACCAGAGUGUUUGUACCGGGAUCUCCCAUCUUUAGCUAGACUCCGUCGGUGGUUUAGGAGCGGUCAGACUCGUGAUCUUCAUCAGAGUCUGUUUGACCUUUUCUUUGGUGUUGAUUGGAUAAAAAGUUUGUCAGUCACAUUAAAAUCAGGACGGGUGCUGGGGACUGCUAACUAACCAGGGAUCACAUGAUCAGGGAAUGAUUCAGCACUGGCUGUUCAAUGAUCAGCUGAUGAGGAGUCUCUAUGGACCCGCUAACUCGUGGUUAACCAGCUAUUAGUCUCUCAUUUCUAACCUUAACAGUCUGUUUGAGGUUUCCCAGCGCUCUUGCGCUCUCUCUCAUGGCGUUCCCACUGAGCGGUCCGGUAAAGUUCAGUUCUGUCAGCAGAUAUUUGGACCGGUACCAAGAUAACUGAUCUGUACCCUCCUGGCCUUCUGCUGGGGUACCGAGGGUCUCUAUCUGACCCUAAACACUCUAGGUCGUCAGGGAUUGUGUCUGAGCAUUUGUCUAAUUUCACACAGCCUGGAGUUGAGGUCAGUUUUUGUAGUUUACUCCAAAGUUUUUGGUCAAAUGUUGAAGGCAGAAAUAAAUCAGAGCCCCGUUUCCUAAACUCUGAGUGAAAGGAGCGUCUUUUUAACCUUUACUGAUGGUUCAUAGCGAGGACUCUGGCGUCAUUAAUGCAUCCUUCACUGAUGACAGUAAAACCUUCUAUUUAACCAUACACCCAUCACUAUUUACAUCCUUUACAUUGGGAUGAGUGUUAAAAAUGUUCCCACUACAGGGCGCUGUCCCACACAGACCUCAGGCCACUGCUAAGCCCUUUAACCCCUCCCCCAGACUUUAAAAGUAGACUCAUCAUUCAGCUGUUUAGACUGGAUUCAUCUAUCUACUGCCUGUGACAGGUUUUUAAUAGUUCCUGUUAAAGUCUGAUGAUGGCUUUUGGCUCUCAGACUUUUGCCGUGUGUGUGUGUGUGUGUGUGGGACAGAAUGUUGGGACUCUCUUUAGCCAGUUGAAACCAAGGAGCUGCGACACGAUGAGGCUGUUCUAGGAUGUCAAUGGCAGCUGUGGCUGUGGUCUGAAGUGAGUGCAACUUGAAUCAAGGAUGUGUUACUAAGAUAGAAAAGAGCUCAGAGAACGUUUAGAGCUCAGAGAACAUUAAGAGCUCAGAGAACAUUUAGAGCUCAGAGAACAUUUAGAGCUCAGAGAACAUUAAGAGCUCAGAGAACAUUUAGAGCUCAGAGAACAUUUAGAGCUCAGAGAAUAUUUAGAGCUCAGAGAACAUUUAGAGCUCAGAGAACGUUAAGAGCUCAGAGAACGUUUAGAGAACAUUAAGAGCUCAGAGAACAUUUAGAGCUCAGAGAACAUUUAGAGCUCGGAGAACGUUUAGAGCUCAGACAACAUUUAGAGCUCAGAGAACGUUUAGAGCUCAGAGAACAUUUAGAGCUCAGAGAACAUUUAGAGCUCAGAGAACAUUUAGAGCUCAGAGAACGUUUAGAGCUCGGAGAACGU